AUGAAUCCUAAAUCUUCUACUCCUAAGAUUCCAAGACCUAAGAACGCAUUUAUUCUGUUUAGACAGCACUACCACAGGAUCUUGAUAGACGAAUGGACCGCUCAAGGCGUGGAAAUACCUCAUAAUUCAAACAUUUCUAAAAUCAUCGGUACCAAAUGGAAGGGCUUGCAGCCUGAAGACAAGGCUCACUGGGAAAGUCUGGCGAAGAAGGAAAAAUUAGAACACGAGAGGAAGUAUCCUGAAUAUAAAUACAAGCCAAUAAGGAAGUCUAAGAAGAAGCAACUACUUUUAAAGGAAAUCGAACAGCAACAACAACAACAGCAGCAGCAGCAGCAGCAGCCACAGCCACAGCCACAGCCACAGCCACAAUUACAACAGCCUUUCAACAACAAUAUUAUUCUUAUGAAAAGAGCUCACUCUCUUUCACCAUCUUCUUCUGUGUCGAGCUCGAACAGCUACCAGUUCCAACUGAACAACGAUUUUAAAAGGUUGCCUAUUCCUUCUGUGAACUCUCCUAACUAUAUGGUCUCUAGAUCUUUAAGCGGACUGCCUUUGUCGCAUGAGAAGACCGCAAGAGAUCUGCCACAGCUGUCCUCUCAACUAAAUUCUAUUCCAUACUACUCCGCUCCACAUGACCGUUCAACGAGACAUCAUUAUCUCAACGUCGCUCAAGCUCAGCCAAGGGCGAACUCUACUCCCCAAUUGCCCUUAAUUUCAUCAAUUAUUAACAACAACAGUCAAACACCGGUCACGACCACGACCACAACUACCACAACUGCAACGUCUUCUCCUAGUAAAUUUUCCUCUUCUCCCAACUCCUCUAUAUUGGAAAACAAUAGACUAAACAGUAUCAACAUUUCUAACCAAUAUCUGCCUCCCCCUCUUUUGCCUUCUCUGCAAGACUUUCAACUGGAUCAGUACCAGCAGUUAAAGCAGAUGGGACCAACUUAUAUCGUCAAACCGCUCUCUCAUACUAGGAACAAUCUAUUGUCCACAACUACCCCCACACAUCAUCACAUUCCUCACAUUCCAAACCAAAACAUUCCUUUACAUCAAAUUAUGAAUUCAAGUAACACUGAAAUUACUGCCAAAACUAGCCUAGUUUCUCCAAAAUGA